UAAGAAAAAUCUCUCUUUCUCUUAGUUUUUUUUAUAAAAAAAAUGGUACUUUCUUGGAGAAGAUCAAGAAAAUCCGGUCGGAUUUCGGCCAAGAAAGACGCCGGAGUUGAGACGCCGGAAAGGAUUUUCACAACGCCGACUCAUUUCCUAUGCCCGAUUUCUCUAGACCUAAUGAAAGAUCCGGUCACCCUUUCGACAGGAAUAACAUACGACCGUGAAAGCAUAGAAAAAUGGGUUGACUCCGGCAACAAAACCUGUCCCGUAACAAACCAAACACUGACAAACUUCGAUCAAAUACCCAACCAUGCCAUCCGCAAGAUGAUCCAAUUGUGGUGCGUCGAGAAUAAAUCUCAAGGAAUCGAACGAAUUCCCACGCCACGUAUCCCCAUAACAAAAUCUGACGUGUCUGACAUCUGUUCAAAUAUCUCCAUUUCUACAGCCCGGAAGGAUCAUAGCAAAUGCAUUGAGCUCGUGAACAAAGUCAAGAGAUGGAUGAGAGAAAGCGAGAAGAAUCGGAAAUGCUUAAUCGAAGGUGGUGUCGGCGACGUACUUUCAACUGCCUUCGAGUUCUUCACAACGGUUUGCAUAAAUGAAAACGAUGAAGUUCUUUCCGUGAUCUUAUCGGCGUUACCAUCAUUGUUCCCGAUCUCCGAAGAAGCCCAAACCAAGCUAGUUUCGGUUCCAUCCAUACGUUGCAUGGCGCGGUAUGUAAAGAAAGAAGACCCGAAUUCCGUAUUACUACUCAAAGAAUUAACGGUUUGUAAAGAAAGAAACGCGAUCACGAUCACCCACGAGUUACUAUCCAUCGAGGAAAUGGAGGAAUCGUUAAUGAAAAUUGUGAAGCUACAACUUACCCCACGAGCUACAAAAGCCGCUCUAACGCUCAUAUACCAAAUUAUCACCAUCUAUUCAUCAUCCUCUAAUUCCACACGUUUUGCAAACGCGGAUUUCGUCUCCAUAUUGAUAGACCUAAUCGUGGACUCGGAAAGAAGUUUGUGCGAGAUGGCGAUGGCGGUUAUGGACGCGAUCUGCUUGUUCGAGGUUGGGAGAAAGAGGGUUAAGGAACAUGCAAUGACGAUGCCGGUUAUGGUGAAGAAACUUCUUAGGGUUUCGGGAAUGGCUACCGAGUUAUCGGUGUCGGUUAUAUGGCGGUUAUGCAAAAAUGAUGAGGCCGGGUGUUGUGUUGAGGCUAUUAAAUUGGGUUGUUUUCAGAAGCUUUUGGUUGUUUUGCAAGUAGGGUGUGGAGGGAAGACAAAAGAAAAAGUAAGUGAGCUUUUGAAGAUGAUGAAUCAAUAUAGAGGGAAAUUGGAGUGUUUUGAUUCAACCAUGAAUUUAAAACACAUCAAUAGGCCUUCAUUUUGAUUUUGUAUUUAUUUUGUAGAUUUAUGUAAAGAUUGAUUAUAUAUAUAUAAUAUAUAUACAUGCACAAAGCUUAGAUAGAACACAUAUGUAUUAGCUUGAGUUUUUGUUUUAGGGUUAUAUAUAAUCUUGGUUAUACACAAUGACAUUUUAUUAAAUAUUGAUUUUAAGUUUUCUCAUUUUUGCAGUUUUU